AACAUUACAAACACCAAAAUUAAAAAAAAAAUCAACAUUGCACACAUACAUACAAAUAUAAAAAAUAUUGAGCUGAGCAAAAACUUAAAAAGCAAUAUAUUAGUGAAUUAUUAUUUAUAAAUUUUCAACAAAUGCAUAUAUUAUUGCAUUAAUGGUUGUACUUGAAUGUUUUUGGUACACAUUUAUUUUUUUAUUUAACCAAGAAUAGAAACGAAUUCUAUGAACUCUUCAAAUCAAAUAACUGAUACAGACGAAGCUUCGAGGACUAACCCAGAAGCAUCGUCAAGUACUUUCAGUAACGAGAAAAAAUCCACAGACAAUAAGGACGAAGUUAUGAAACGAGCUGCUGCUAAGAAACUUAUUGAAAGAUACUUUUACCAACUUACGGAUGGAUGUGGGAAUCCUCAUUGCGAUAACAAAUACUGUGCAUCAAGUGGGGAAAUGAAACCAUUGACACCUGAUGAAGCUGCAGCACAGGCAAUUCAACUGUUUUCACAAGAUGCCCGUUUAUGUGAAAGGCAUCCAAAUAAAAUAGCCAGGAAACAAGGAAAUAUAGGAAGUAAUAAAAGCGAAACAACAAAUGAUGUUAAUUAUAAAUCAAAUUUGCCCACAAAUGAAAUUGAGUCACAGAGCAAUUAUUCAAAUAAGGAUAGUGCAAAAUAUAACUGUGCACCAGUACCAACUUUUUUGACAGAACAAGCAUUAUAUGACGUAAUAGACGAUUGUGAGGCAAAUAACAGUUACUCUCCACUUAUUCGAACUUUAGGAGAAAUUUUUAGUAGUAUCGAAAAUCUUUCAAAAAGUUUUCCACAAGAAGCAAUUACGCCUACAAAUGCGACGUCUAGUUUGGAAAAUACAGAUAUAAAAGCUUUAAAAAAAGAAGAGGUCCGAUCUCUGGAAGGGGAAAAGGACAAAGAUGAAGACAGUUCAGCAGAAUCUAGUAAAAAUUCUUUUGCGCCCGUCGACGUAUCAUCCGUACGCAGGGCGUUUACGGCACUGUUCAAAUUGAAAACUUCUAUUUUCGAAAACGCGCUUGUCAACGCUCUAGUUACUUUAGCGGGAAAUUUACAAAUGGAACUACCAACUAGGAAAGAAAGGGGAAUCAACGACGAUAUUGUUAAUGUUUUGAUUAUAGUUUUUGAAAUUCCUGGAUUAGGUUCAGGCGAUUUGCUAGAAACGGCACUGCCGGCGAUAUGUCGGGCGGCACAAGGUCUUCCCGUCGAAGUCCAAGCUAGCUUAGCCAGACAGUGGUCGGGAGUGGCUAGAAGUAGCCUAAGAAAUAUUUUAGAAAACCUUCAACAACUUAUAACUCUACGUGCGAUGAUGACGCUCUUGAGAGACUUUUGUGUGCAGGAUGAAAAUGUCAUUACGUCCGCCACUAAAUUAAUGAAGAUUUUAUACUAUGCGAAUAUGUUAGCUGGUGUAUUAGAAUCACCGGAACUGAGAUACCACAGUCUUACAGACUCAACUGACGGUUUACUUAGCAAACCAAAAAACACGCUGCCUUCUGAUCCCCUUGCUGACGAAUUAGGAGUACACGUAUUAGACUGCCGGACGCCUUAUAUACCAUUUUCGGAAUUUUAUCAUGAACCCCUUAGCGAAGCUGUAGAAAUGGAUAGGGAUUUUGCUAAUUAUAAAAGUGAAACAGGUAAAUUUAGUUUUAUGCACUAUCCGUUCAUUUUAACGCCUGCAACGAAAACGAUGGGUCUAUAUUUCGACAAUAGGAUACGAAUGUACUCUGAACGAAGAAUUAGUUUUUUGCAGACGUUCACUGGGUUGCCGUCGCAGCCGUUUUUAAAAUUAAAAGUGAGAAGGGAUCAUAUUAUAGAUGACGCACUUGUAGAGUUGGAAAUGAUUUCGAUGGACAAUCCGAGCGAUCUGAAAAAACAGCUAGUCGUCGAAUUCGAGGGAGAGCAGGGCAUCGACGAAGGAGGCGUAUCGAAGGAAUUUUUUCAAUUAGUUAUAGAAGAAAUUUUCAAUCCGGAUUACGCGAUGUUCGCCAUUCAACCGGAAUCGCAAGCCACCUGGUUCAAUCCUACUAGUUUCGAGAGUGAUGCUCAAUUUAAGCUUAUAGGAAUAGUUUUGGGAUUGGCGAUAUAUAAUAACGUCAUUUUGGCUGUUAAUUUUCCUAUGGUGCUAUAUAGGAAGUUGAUGGGGAAGAGGGGGAGCUUUGAGGAUUUGCAGGACUGGAAUCCCGUACUAUAUAAUAGUUUAAAGCAACUUUUGGAAUUCGAUGAGCCAAAUCUUGAAGAAGUGUUCAUGCAAACUUUUAGAAUAAGUUACCAAGAUGUUUUUGGUUCAACGAUUGAUUAUGAUUUAAAAGAAAAUGGGGAGAAGAUAAAUGUUACACAAGAAACUAAAUAUGAGUUUGUAGAUAUGUACGCCGAUUUCUUAUUGAAUAAAGCUGUGGAAAAACAAUUUUCUGCGUUUUACAGAGGUUUUCAAAUGGUAGUAGAUGAAUCACCUCUUGAACUACUUUUCCGUCCAGAAGAAAUAGAACUUUUAAUUUGUGGAAGUAAAAACUUCGAUUUUGAUGAACUGGAACACUCAACAGAAUAUGACGGGGGUUACACAAACGAAUCGCAAAUUAUCAAAGAUUUCUGGUCAGUGGUCCACGCUCUGUCUACAGAAGACAAAAGAAAGUUACUUCAAUUUACAACAGGUUCGGACAGGGUUCCAAUCGGAGGCCUAAGUAGACUGAAGCUCGUCAUAGCCAAAAACGGACCUGAUUCCGACAGGCUGCCUACCGCUCACACGUGUUUUAACGUACUUUUACUCCCGGAGUAUUCUUCUAAAGAAAAACUAAAGGAUCGGUUGGUCAAAGCGAUAAAUUAUUCGAAGGGAUUCGGCAUGUUGUAAAAAAAAAUCGUGUUUUUUUUGUGAUUUUAAGUAUAUUCAGUUACUAACAAACUGUAAUAUUUGUUUUUAAUAUAAUUGUGUACAGCCCCCUAUCAAAUGACUUUUGUUGUUUAUUAGUUUUUUUGUAUUGUGUAUUUUUUUAACAGUUUACCAAGAAAAGAAGUAAUAAAAUACCGUCGUUAAUUAAAAAAAAAAUAGUACACGUAGAUGAUUCUGGUUGUGUGUCCAAAUACCUUUGAAAUAAAUCAACCUUGGUUUAAAUUUUAACUGUAAAAUUUUUCAAAAAUCACCAAUUUCGUUUAAAAACAUUCGACCAAGUAUAAGUCUUAUUCUGUAUUUAGUUGUUUUAAAAUAGAGUUGAUCGAUUUAGUUCUGGUGAUGAUACAAAGUAUCGGUAAGUACAGCAGAGUUUUCUUUUUGUAUGUACCAAAAACACCAACGAAUGGAAUCUUGAUAAUUUUCGUUCAAUUUACACAUUCUUAACUUUAGUAUUUUUUUUUUGUUUUCAUGUUUUUGAGAUAAGUUUAUGGAUUGCAAUUUUUAAGCGUCUUUUCCAAAAAAAAUUGAAAGGAGAGAUAUCUGUAGCGGAUCUAUUAUUUUGGGGCCCCACACUUUAUCAUUUUUAUUUUAUAUUCCUUACCUAUUGUUUCAAUAUUUAAAUCUACUAAUAAAUAAAAUACCUA